UUGUGUUUGUACGCGAAGACGGCGACUCAGUUUCUCAUUUGUGCAAAAUAACAAGCAAAUAACAAUUUUAAUAGUUUUCUUUGAGUGAAAUUGAACUAAAACAACAACAUCAUGGCGAAGAUGGCAUUUCAGCAUCAGGCCGGCACGGCUAUGGAAUGUUUGAGCAUACCCAUAACGCUCCACAAGGAAAAGGACUACGACCAGGAGGGCAGAGAGAUAUUGAAGUGUGGCUUUAAAAUAGGUGGCGGAAUCGAUCAGGACUACAAGAAGAGCCCACAAGGCUACACGGACUAUGGCAUAUACGUGACGGAGGUGCACGAAGGUAGUCCAGCUGCUCGAGCUGGUCUACGCAUACAUGACAAGAUACUGCAAUGCAACGGCUACGACUUCACAAUGGUCACCCAUAAAAAGGCAGUUAGCUAUAUACGAAAAAACCCGAUACUUAAUAUGCUAGUAGCACGCAAGGGUGUCACAUCCACAUAAUUGCAUUGGCUGGUCCCCAAAUUCCAUACAAGCAGCAGCAUUCAAGCGGUAUAUAAAUUUACUAUCUAGUACUUCACUGCCUCUCAUUGCUAAGGAUCUCUAAUUAGCGCUCUUUGGAAACUACUCGAAUACUUAUUUAUAUAUAUAUAAGCAUAUAUACUUAACUUCACAUUAUGCAUAUCGCGCACAUAUUUAGCUAUAUUCGUAACAAAACAUUGAUGCAUAUGUGAAUGUAGCAGUAGAAAAGCUUCUUGUUAAAUUUCUGUUUCUUUGUCUUGGCUUAAGUUAAUAGCUAAAGUCCCCCAACUAGGUUGUUAUAUUCUCCGCUCGUUGUACGAUUUUCCAAGAAACCGUGUAAAGAAAUUGCCAAAACUAAAAGCCACAUGCAACAAACAAAAUAUACAAUAUGUUAACAUAAGCCAGGUUCAACAACGGGCUGAAUUUUUGCACGAUUUCUAAAGCAACAGAAAAUGUAUAGAACAAAUUUCUCAUGUACAUUCUCAGCCCGUAUUGAAUAGUGAAUCACACACGUAAAUAUAAACAAUUUUGUACUUUUAUACACCUGUCAAAUAUAUACGAAUGUAUGUAUGCAACAAGCCACAGCUUUUAUACAAUCAGCAGCAUUCCAAAAACACGCAAAGUUGUUGAAAACUAAAUAUUACAUAAUUGUGAUAAAUGCCGUUACUUGUGCAGAUGUGUUUUUUUUUUUAAAUAUGUAUACACAUUUAUUAAGUAUUUUUAAAAUCAGUUUUUAAAUGUUUAAUUGCAUUGAAUAAAUGUUUGCC